AUGGCUAAGAAAAACCUCAAAGUUUGUUUAGGUGUAUCCGCAAUAUUUUUCAUCAUUUUGGCCAUCAUAACCAUAACCUUAAUUUUCACUGUUUUCAAACCUAAGGAUCCUAAUAUUGUUGUCCACAUUGCACCUUACAAUUUUCUUUCACCAGAUAUAGCCCCAAAUAUUACUCUACCUUUAGUGAUCACAAUGGGAAAUCCAAAUUAUGGAAGCUUCAAAUUCAAUAAUGGAUUUAGUUAUAUCCAUUAUCAUGAAACAAUUGUAGGUAUUGUUCCAAUUGGGUCACAUUUAGUGCCACCACGUAGUCAACUUAAUGUGAGCACUAAUGCAAAUUUUAUGGUGGGUAAGUUGAUAGAAAAUCCACUUUUUCUUGCAGAACUACCCGGUAUGAAAUUUACAAUGGUAUCAAAAGCUGAACUUCCUGGAAAAGUGAUUAUUCUCAAAUUUAUUAAAGUGAAGUCUAUGGUCUAUAAUUCAUGUGACAUUUCUGUGAAUAUGACUUCCAAUAAUGUUGAGAGCAAUUGCCAAUCGAAACUCAAGAUGUUUACUUAG